AUGCCGCGCCCCCGGGCCAGGCUGUAGCAGGGCUGCGGCCGGAGCGCACGCGCCGGGCAGGCGGGCCAUGGAGGUGGUGGACGAAACCGAAGCGCUGCAGCGCUUCUUCGAAGGCCAUGACAUCAGUGGUGCCCUGGAGCCUUCCAAUAUCGACACCAGUAUCCUGGAGGAGUACAUUGGCAAAGAGGACGCCUCUGACCUCUGCUUCCCUGACAUCUCUGCACCAGCCAGCACAGCCUCCUUCCCCCACGGGCCACCGGCCAUUCCCGGCUCCAGCGGGCUCCACCAUCUGAGCCCCCCUGGGAGUGGACCAUCCCCUGGGCGCCAUGGCCCUCUCCCACCCCCGACCUACGGCACCCCACUCAACUGCAACAACAACAACGGCAUGGGCACCACCCCUAAGCCCUUCUUGGGGGGCUCUGGGCCUCCCAUCAAGGCAGAGCCCAAGGCUCCCUAUGCCCCAGGCACACUGCCAGACUCGCCCCCAGACUCAGGCUCUGAGGCCUACUCCCCUCAGCAGGUGAAUGACCCCCAUCUUCUGCGCACCAUAACCCCGGACACUCUGUGCCACGUGGGAGUCCCUUCCCGGCUAGAGCACCCGCCCCCACCUCCAGCCCACUUGCCAGGUCCCCCACCACCCCCGCCUCCCCCGCCUCACUACCCUGUCCUUCAACGAGACCUCUACAUGAAGGCUGAGCCCCCUGUACCCCCCUAUGCUGCCAUGGGGCCUGGUCUGGUGCCCCCUGAGCUCCACCACACCCAGCAGACCCAAGUGCUACACCAGCUGCUGCAACAGCAUGGAGCUGAGCUCCCUCCACACCCCUCCAAGAAGAGGAAGCACUCGGAAUCGCCCCCCAACACCCUCAAUGCCCAAAUGCUGAACGGAAUGAUCAAGCAGGAACCUGGGACUGUGACAGCCUUGCCCCCGCACCCUGCCAGAGCCCCAUCCCCACCAUGGCCUCCCCAGGGCCCACUCUCACCUGGCGCUGGCUCUUUGCCCCUCAGCAUUGCCCGAGUCCAGACUCCACCUUGGCACCCACCAGGUGCAUCCUCCCCAGGCCUCCUGCAGGACAGCGAUAGCCUCAGUGGCUCCUACCUGGACCCCAACUACCAAUCCAUCAAGUGGCAGCCGCAUCAGCAGAACAAAUGGGCGACCCUUUAUGAUGCUAACUACAAGGAGCUGCCUAUGCUCACCUAUCGUGUGGACGCUGACAAGGGCUUCAACUUUUCGGUGGGCGACGAUGCUUUUGUGUGCCAGAAGAAGAACCACUUCCAGGUGACCGUGUAUAUCGGCAUGUUGGGUGAGCCCAAGUACGUCAAGACACCGGAAGGCCUCAAGCCCCUGGACUGCUUCUAUCUGAAGCUGCAUGGAGUGAAGCUAGAGGCCCUGAACCAGUCUAUCAACAUUGAGCAGUCACAGUCAGACAGAAGCAAGAGGCCCUUCAACCCGGUCACGGUGAAUCUUCCCCCUGAGCAGGUCACAAAGGUGACCGUGGGGCGGCUCCACUUCAGUGAGACCACUGCCAACAACAUGCGCAAGAAGGGCAAGCCCAACCCUGACCAGAGGUAUUUCAUGCUGGUGGUGGCCCUCCAGGCGCAUGCACAGAACCAGAACUACACCCUGGCAGCCCAGAUCUCAGAGCGUAUCAUUGUGCGGGCCUCUAACCCAGGCCAGUUUGAGAGUGACAGUGAUGUGCUGUGGCAGCGGGCACAGCUGCCAGACACCGUCUUCCACCAUGGCCGUGUGGGCAUCAACACGGACCGGCCAGAUGAGGCACUGGUUGUCCACGGCAACGUUAAGGUCAUGGGGUCUCUCAUGCACCCUUCAGAUCUGCGGGCCAAGGAGCAGGUGCAGGAGGUGGACACCACUGAGCAGCUGAAGAGGAUCUCUCGCAUGCGCCUGGUGCACUACAGAUACAAGCCCGAGUUCGCUGCUAGUGUGGGCAUUGAAGCCAUUGCACCAGAGACAGGUGUCAUCGCCCAGGAAGUGAAGGAGAUCCUGCCCGAGGCUGUGAAAGACACCGGGGAUGUAGUCUUUGCCAAUGGGAAAACCAUAGAGAACUUCCUGGUCGUGAACAAGGAGCGAAUCUUCAUGGAGAAUGUGGGCGCUGUGAAGGAGCUGUGCAAACUGACAGACAACCUGGAGACCCGCAUUGACGAGCUGGAGCGCUGGAGCCACAAGCUGGCCAAACUGCGCCGCCUGGACAGCCUCAAGUCAACUGUCAGCUCCGGCGCCUUCAGCCAUGCAGGGAGCCAGUUUAGCCGGGCAGGCAGUGUCCCCCACAAAAAGAGGCCUCCUAAAGUGGCCAGUAAGUCAUCACCAGUGGUCCCAGACCAGGCCUGCAUCAGUCAGCGCUUCCUGCAAGGAACUAUCAUUGCUCUGGUGGUGGUCAUGGCCUUCAGCGUGGUGUCCAUGUCCACACUAUAUGUGCUGAGCCUGCGCUCCGAAGAGGACCUGGUGGAUGCUGAUGGCUCUCUUGCCGUGUCCACUUCCUGUCUUCUGGCCCUGCUCCGGCCCCAGCAUCCUGGGGGGAGUGAGGCCAUGUGCCCAUGGUCCAGCCAGAGCUUUGGGACCACGCAGCUCCGACAGUCCUCUAUGACCACUGGACUGCCAGGCACACAGCCCUCUUUGCUGCUGGUCACCAAUUCAGCCUCAGGUCCGGCUCUCCGUACCUUGGACCUGUGCUCCAGCCAGCCCUGCCCCGUCGUCUGCUGCUCUACUCCCACCUCCAGUCCUGUUACAGAUCCUAGCUUUGGCCCCACUGUUAAGCCUGCUCCAAGCCCUAGCCCCAGCUCUAGCCCCAACUCCAAGCCCUCAGGUCCCAGCCAGAUGGCCCUACUGCCAGUCACUAACAUCAGAGCCAAAUCCUGGGGCAUUUCAGCGAAUGGCAUCAGCUAUUCCAAGCACCCCAAGAACCUGGAACCUCUAGCCAGUCCUGUGGUCCCCUUUCCUGGAGGGCAGAGCAAGACCAAGAACAGUCCCAGCUUUGGUCUCCACAGUCGUGCUCGCAGAGAAGCUCUGCAACCCAGCCCAAGCCCUGCUCAACUCUCUCAGACCCAGGGCCAGCUAGACCCAGCGCCAUCCCUGACCUCCAUCUUGCUGCUGGAGAAUUCCAUGCCUAUCACCUCCCAGUAUUGUGAGCCUGAAGAUGCCUGCAGGCUUGGAAACUUCACCUACCACAUCCCUGUCAGCAGCAGCACCCCACUGCACCUCAGCCUGACCUUGCAGAUGAAUUCUUCCACUCCUGUGUCCGUGGUACUGUGCAGCCUGGCGUCAAAGGAGGAGCCCUGUGAGGAGGGGGGCCUUUUACAGAGGCUCCACCCCCAUCAGGAGACACAGGGCACCUCUCAUCAGUGGCCAGUAACCAUCCUGUCCUUCCGUGAAUUCACAUACCACUUCCGGGUGGCAUUGCUGGGUCAGGCCAACUGCAGCUCCGAGGCCAUCAUCCAGCCGGCCACAGACUACUACUUCCACUUCUACCGCCUCUGUGACUGAGCUGCUUCCUGAGGCAGUGCCACAGCUGGGAUUGGGGUCCCCGGGCCCUCAACACUGGAUGUAAAUGUGUUACACUGGAGCCUGCUGCAGGCCAGUUCUCUGCUCUUCACUGCCUCCCCUUGACUGGGGAGAUUGGAAGUCUUCACACUGGAGCUGCUGGGCCAGCUGGUCACCCUCGCUCAACAGAGGGGGCUAGAGCGAGCAGCCUCCUGGGCCUUCCUCCUGACCACCUCCUUGGAGCAGCUCAGGACCAAUUCAUGGCUGUCUAGAUAUGGUUGCUGGAGGGCUGACUGCAGGGGCCCUGCAGGCAAGGGGAUGCUGUGGCCCUGACUUGUCCACUCCCACUUUCCCUGCCUUCCCUUCUGAGCUUUGGUGGAGAGAAGACCCAUGGGGGUUGGACCCAGCCCUGUAACUCCAUGAGUCCAUGGAGAGCCAAUAGCCCUCACCCUUCAUGCUGUUCCCAGGAGGGACAGCUUGGUAGUAACUCUGAGGUUUGACUGUUACACUAGACCUGGAUUCUUUUUUUUUUUUUUAAAGACAGGGUUUCUCUGUGUAGCCCUGGCUGUCCUGGACUCGCUUUGUAGACCAGGCUGGUCUUGAACUCACAGAGAUCCACCUGAGUGCUGGGAUUACAGGCGCACACCACCACGCCCAGCUGCUAGACCUGGAUUUGUAAGCUUUAAGUGUGGCUGGUUCAGGAGAGUUCUCCCUGGGAGAGCUUAGCCCCUAAGAAUUCCUGAGCCAGUUGGGGCCAGCCCUGGAUGGCUGGAGAAGCUAACCUACCAGUGCCUGACAGAGCCGCUCUUCACAGGCCUGAACCAGUGGGGCCAACAGACCAGGUCAGCUUUGGACCCUUGAACCUGGAGUACCCUGGAAGGGAAGGUUCCCUGUGAGCUCCCAAGAUCUGUGUUCCUGGGAGUUUCCCAAGCUCACGAUGGAGUUGGUGACAUGAUCAUUUUCUCUGAGCAGAGGAGCAGGAAUCCCUGCAAGCAGUAGGCGGUUUCCACCGGAGGGUGGACGCACAUAACUUUUAUUAAUGAUGUAAUUACUACAUGCACUGAAGCUGGGGCAGCAAGGUGUAGGUCAGAGCUGGAAAGCUGAGUGGGCCUCAGCCUAGAGGGACACUAGUAGACAGGAAGACUCUGGUGCCCCCAAAUAAAAGUUCCUCUCUUGGGGCUUGGAUCUGUGCUCAGAGGGUACCAUCUGUGACUCUUCCACCCCCAGGAGAGGAGCAGUGGGUUUGGGGUUUUACUUCAGCGUUUCGUGGUAGCACCAGCAGAAUGCCGAUGACAUGCAGACUGCUGGAAGGAGUGUGGCAAUCAUUUAGCCACAGGCCAUGGGUUCAGCAGUGGGAAAGGGAACUGCUCUUUCUUUGUGGUACUGACCCUUUGGAAACCAGGCCUUGCUUUUUCCAGACUCCCAUUCCGAACUCUAAAUGGAAGGCCUUUCUACAGGGGAGCUGAGUUUGAGAAACCUGUGAACUGUGGGUCCUGCUAGGAGUCUCAAAGCACUUAUCUUCAGGAUAGGGAAAAGCAGAAACACCUUGCCCCAAGCUCUCCCACCUUGGCUUCACUCCUCCAUUCUGCCACAGGAAUCAUGACUCCACAGCAGGCCAUGCCUGCCCUAAGACCUUGUUCUGUCCUUCCCGCAGUGCCUUUUUUUUUU